AUGUCAACUUUUUUACAUCAGGCACCAGGCUUGGACGUUGUGCAUGAGCGCCUCCGGCUUGAAAUUGAUGGAACUCAAGUAGACCUAGCACUCUUCCGACGAGCCGGCAAAUAUACGCCUAUCUUGUUUCUUCACGGCUGGGGUAGUUCCAAGGAGGACUAUGUCGACGUCCGGCUUUAUUCCGCAUUUGAUGGUCAUUCAUUUCUAGCAUACGACGCACCUGGAUGCGGCGAAACCUGGUGCGCGGAUCUGUCGAAAGUGAAUAUUGCCUUUCUCGUUGAGACGGCGAAAGCAAUUCUCCAUCACUUCCAAAUCUCUGAGUUCCACGUCGUGGGACACUCCAUGGGUGGUCUGACAGCCCUUGAGCUUGCGCACAGCAACCCCAUGUCCAUCCGCAGUUUCGUCAACAUUAAAGGCAAUCUUGCUUCUGAAGAUUGUUUCAUUAGCCGACAAAUAUUUGAUUGGGAGGGCGAGAAUAUGGAUGAAUUUCUCAAUGGCUUUAUGUUGGGGUGCCGCCAGUCAUCCUUCUUCUCCAUGGCCUUAUAUGCUUCUUCAAUUCGGCAGCGAGUCCAACUUGGCGCAAUUAGAGGCAUCUUCGAAUCUAUGGUGCAGUUAUCAGAUAAUGGCGAUCUUUUGACAAAAUUUUUAAGCUUUUCGUUCCCAAGGGCUUUCAUGUUUGGCGAACAGCAUGCAAAUCUUUCGUAUCUAUCGGAACUCAAAGCUACUGGGGUUGAACUUAUGGAGAUUCCAAAGUCUGGCCAUUUCCCUAUGUAUUCUAACCCUGUAGCUAUGUGGCUGGCGAUACAAGAUUUUAUAUAUAGAGCAGAAAGCCGCGAUCUCUCUCCGAUCCGGCAAUAA